AUGGACUUUGAGCACCGUGUCAAAGCCUAUCGUUUCGUUGCGUACUCUACCGUUACCUUUUCAGUAGUAGCAGUCCUUACCGUCUGCGUCACAUUACCCAUCCUCCACAGUUAUGUCCAUCAAGUGAAAAGGACCAUGCACAACGAGCUGAUUUCUUGUGCGGUAUCCGCAAAGGACAUUUGGAGUGAGGUAAAUCACCUCAGAAGGGCUGUUGGUGCGAACAGGACCGCUCGUCAGGUUAUAUCGCGUGAUGCUGAAAUCAUUCAAGUACCUCCCAGUACCCAAACACACGAAGGAUACGUUGGCGGCAACGGAGGCAAUGGCGGCAACGGAGGCAAUGGCGGCAACGGAGGCAAUGGUGGCAACAAUCGGUGCGAUUCAUGCUGUCUUCCCGGAGAACCCGGACCCGCAGGAACUCCCGGUCGACCUGGUCGUCCAGGAAAGCCCGGAGCACCAGGAACUCCUGGAAACCCAGGACGACCAUCAUUGCAGCCUUGUUACCCCGUCACUCCUCCACCAUGCAGACAAUGCCCACGUGGACCACCCGGUCCUCCCGGACCCCAAGGUCCUUCUGGAGACGCUGGCCGCGACGGACUCCCAGGAGCUCCAGGAAAUGCUGCUCAGCCCGGACCUCCUGGACCCAAGGGAUCACCAGGACCAAAUGGAAACCCUGGAUAUCCUGGUGCACCAGGGCAGCCUGGAAUUCCCGCUAUUUCAACACCUCUUGUUCCUGGAGAACCUGGACCCGCUGGAAGUCCCGGCCCUCAAGGUCCACCUGGACCAAGUGGACAGCCCGGUCAGCCUGGAUCCGACGGCCAACCAGGACCCAAAGGAAACAGAGGAGCUGACGGACAGCCAGGCGCCGACGGGCAACCGGGUGCUCCGGGAGAGCCUGGGUCGAGUGGAGCUGCUGGCGAGCCAGGAAUCUGUCCCAAGUACUGCGCCAUCGAUGGUGGCAUAUUCUUUGCAGACGGAACUCAUCGUCGGUAA